UUUGCAAUGAUACAAUGACAAGGGAAAUCCUAAAACCCCAACAGGGAUUUUAAUGUUAACUUUCACCACGUGUUUAAGUAUGGCGUUAUGGGUACUCUUUGUGUUAAUACCACACUAUUGUGAGGGAUUGGGAACUCCUGCAAUCACUGUUGAAAACGAUGUCGGAAUGCUAAGUUUGUUACAGCCAACGUUUGUUGGGAGAAGUGUGACGUUUGAAUUCACACCGUCUAAAUCGACUUCAAUAGGCGAUGUCAGGUGGUACGUUAUAAAAUCGCAGUGGCCAAGUGCAAAAGCAAUUGAAGAGGAUGAUACGAGUGUUCAGCGUAAGGGAAACUCUACCUUACUUACCAUAGCUGACGUAGAUUUGAGUUUUAAUCGUACCAUUGUAUACACAUCAGUUGGAAAUAAAACAAAAUCAGCAUCACUCGAAUUGAAUUUAAAAGAUUACACAAAUGCAAACGGCUGUGGAGAACUGUACUUUUUAUCGGAGGGACCGUAUUUUGCGGGAGACAAUUUAAGUCUUGGAUAUUUUUCGUCACCAUUAGUUGCAAAGGAGAAAAAUUCAAGCAAGUUUUCUGUAAAACUUAUCAUUGGCAAUAUUGAGAACCAUACGUCCAUUGAACAAGAAAAAGGUGUUUCAAAGCUUGACCAGGAGGGACACGAGUUUAUAUUUACUUUGUUUAACGUAAAGAAAAAUGACAGUGGACAGUAUUUGAUUCAGUGUCUAAAUGGAAUUUCCGGAAAGUACUCUAAUAGUAUCCAUUUGUCAAUUAUAGGUAAGCCGAUAAUUGGUCCUUUAGCCACAAUUUCUACAUGCAGAGAGUGCAUCAUUUUAAAGACAGAAGAAACACUUGCAAGAGUGUUCUGCGAAACGGAUGAAACGGAUGAAGAGUAUAACGCCACCAAUGUAGCAUUUAAAAUAGGACGAAAUCAGUAUGCUUCAAACAAACUUUCACGGAAUCGAUUUGGUUUAAAGUCAUAUGACGAACCAGCAAGUGCGUUUCAUCAAUUGAAUGUUAUUUGUACUGUCUUUGGAAAGCACAGGAACAUGUCAAUGGAAGCUUCAAUAUUUGUAGUCGUCAGACCAACUGGUCCUCCGCAUUUGUCGGCGAAUGAAGUACUAUUGGCGGGAGAAACUGUGGAUAUUACUUGCACUUCAUCGAGCGCAAGGCCGCAACCAUUGCUGAGAUUUCUUGUCGACGAUACUAAAAUUGAUACCAAAACAAAUGUAUCAACAACGUUUGACGACUUAACCGGAUUAUACAAAUCUGUAUCCAAACUGCAUACGUUUAAGAAGAAGUGGGGAAACAAGAACAUGUCCUGUCAACAGCUGCCGGAGGUGAAUGGAUUAUACCAUGAGACAGUGUCGAACAAUGUAAACAUAGUUUAUAAAUUUCCCCCAUCACGUCUCAUUCUUGUUGUUGGCCAUGGCACACUAUCGAAAUACGUAAAUGCCAGUUGUAGAUCGAUAUUCUCAUAUCCAGCAUGCAAUAUUAAAUGGGAAUCAACUAUUGAACAUUUUAAGUACACCCAACUGCAAACGCAUACCUUCAAUCACACCACAGUGUCAAGGAUUAGUUUCAACGUUACGCAUGAAGAUUUUGGGAAACGAAUAAGAUGUAGUACUGAAUGUCAAUAUUUCCAGAAUACUCUUUCGAACUCAACAACUGUCAUAUUCUCAAAAAAGCCGACAGUUGUUAUCAAUUCAACCCCAGUAUUACCAGUACCACCAACAACCUACACAGUGCUCACAUGUGCUGCAAAUGCCUAUCCUAUUGGAAACAUCUCUUGGACGACCGCAAAAUCGUCUCAUUCAAUAUCUGCAAAAACAAAGUUGUGUUCAAAUACAUCAACAUGUAUUUAUGAAAUUACUACAUCUGACGUUGAACAGGAGUAUUUUUGCAUUGCAAAGAAUGAACAUGGCAGUGACAGAGGAUCUAUAAUUGUUACAAUUCAGGAACGUAAGGAUGAGAGAGAAACGAGACAAAGUGGAAAAGGAAGUUUUUUAUGGAUAGUAGUUUCUGUUAUUGCUGUUGUCACUUUAGGAAGUUUUGUCCUGAUUGUGUGCUGUUGUCGUAAACGCUUGAAACGGGUGUACGAGAAUUUAUAUACACAUCAAGUUCGAAAUAUGUACCAAGGCAGUGCAUUGCCUUCUUUAUACAGGCAUACUGAGUUAGACGAAAAGACGUCCCCAGGAAUAUAUGAUGAGGUUGACGAAAACAACUUGUCAAUAGUACAGGCUGAAACUAAUUUGACGACAGAUGAUAAAUGCCAGAGUGUAAAUAGUAGCACGUAUGAUAUUAUAAGCGAAACAAUCUCGACAGGUACACACACGACUGAGAGUACACAUGACUACUCAGAGAUAAACAAUCUAGGAAGUUUAAGGCUGAAAACAGACUCAGAAGGAGGUGAAGGCUACUUACAUGUGGUUUAUGAGUUACAUUGAAACUAAAUGAAAUUUAUUUUUCUUUUGAAAUACAACAAUUGACUCCAACAGGUUGAAUAAUUGUUACAGUGUAUACUGUAAGAAAACAUAUUAGACAUUACAUACAGUUUGGCAUGAUCGGAUAACUGCAGUAAGAUAACAACCCGAACUGCCUUAUAUAUGAACAGUAAGGCAUACUAUCUAUCGACGUGUGUGUAUUCUAUGUUAAUUGUUUGUAUCAGAAUUACUUGAAUUGUAAUGUUAAAAUUUUCUUUUACUUUUGUGGUGGUAGUUGUCGUUAAACGACUUGCAUGUUUAGUUCAACUGCAGCAAAUUGUAUAUAGCUUGAAUGUUAGAAAAGCAAACUCGUGACAAAAUACCUUGGCAAGUAUUUUUGUAUGGACUUAAACAGUGUGAAAUUGCACAAUCUCUGUUUCAAUACUCGUAUUUUAUCAUAGUGUGAUUGUAUUUUCAAGAAAAAAACAUGAUUUCAUUCGAAUUAAAAAAAACUUCAAA